GAGUGUCAUCCGUCCCCUUCUACGUAGAUCUGGAUGGACUGCCAAUCAGGACCUUUAUUAGAACGAUUCGCGCGGGAAAAAAAGUGCGCGUUUUCAAAACUACGUAUAAACAAGUGACUCCUUCUAGGGUUACAGCCACACAGGUCAAAAGAAAAAGAAGAAGCAGACGUUCCGUUGUAAAGACAAAUCCCCUGUCAGCUGGCCCAGGUUUGUUUACAAUCCGUCUCACACUAGCCUCAUAAAACACCCAAGAAGAAGAAGUCUCACACAGAUUGCCUUGUUUACCUAGUGAUUGCUGACCUAAUGAUUAAAGGGUUUGUGAGCUCGUAGGCCGUCACAGCCCUUCAAGAACAACAGCAGUUUCAUCAGUAAAAGGUUAGAAAGGUAAACUCAUGUGGGGAGAAUUUGAAGAGGAUAAAAUAGAAGAGAAAGAAACAUGCUUCCAAAUAAAGCCAACCUCAGAGGAAGCCCAGGGAUCACAGGAAGAAAGCAAAGCACCAGAGGACACCACCACAAAGGAAGAUAACACCUAUGUGUUGCCACUCAGGGAUCGGUUAGUGAAUUUCUUGGCAGCCAGCAGCAUUGAAGUGAAAAGUCAGCAAAGAUAUGAACCUGAUCUCACAUAUGAAGAAAGAAAAGAAAUAAUUGAAAACCUUUUGGAAGAGAAACCUGGACAAUUUUUGUACAGGUUUGGAAAACACUUGGAGCAAGAACACUUGCAUUAUUUCCAGAAAUAUGAAGGUGAUGUGGAAGUGGACUAUUUCCUGGCUGAAGCACUGAAGUAUAAAAAUAAGCACACUGCAAAGAUAACUGUUCGGAACAGAAGAUAUGCUGCCCUCCAAAAAAUGCGACGCUCUGGAGAUUACUUCAGUGAACAAGAGAUGGAGCGCCGAGACCCACUCCUGUAUGACUAUCUUAUUGGUCAGCACCAGACUGAGGAGGAGAGGGAGGAAAAACAUCAGGCUGCUAAUACUACUGAGACCAAGUUUUCUUCUCUACUGCUACAUCACAUUGAUAACCGUGAGCACAAAGAACUGAAGAAACAAAAAAAAGAUCAAGAAGAUGACAUGUUUGAGGAAGAGGAUACUGAUGAAGAAGACGAAUAUGAUGAAGAUGUAGAGAUGGAUUCUGCUGUUGAUUCCAGGGAGAAGCAGAUGUUCAAGGAGGAAUUCUACUCAGCAGGAUACAAUAAUUUUCUAAGAGGACAGAAUAAAGAUUUUGACUACAAGGAAGUGGACAACAAUGAUGCCUAUGAUCUACUAGACAUCAGAGCACGAGAUGAAGAAGAGAGAUAUUUUGACGAUGAAGAAGAAGUAGCAUGAAGUGAAGUUGUCUUUGAUGAUGGUGAUGAACCACUGGUAAUCUGAGCUGUGUGGGGACAUCAUUUAUGUUGGUAUAUUUAUUAAUUUAUUUUUUUGUAGUUUGGGAAAUAGCUUUUACAGUAGUCAGUUACAUUGCUGUUGUAGCAGUUCCACUAAAAACAUUGUCAUCAUCUACAUCCUCCUUUUCAUCAUCAUCCAUUACUAGUUCACUGCAGGAUAUAGUUCUUUCAUAACAUUCACCAUUUUCUCUGUCUGAUGUUAGUGUACUCCAUCCUUCUCUGUCAGGUGCUCUUAAUUUCACCUGCCCCGACUUCUACAAUUUCUGAGUUGCAACUGACUUUCAUUGCCAGCUGUUACCAGUUCUGCAGAUGGUGUGGCCUGCCUAAGUCCAAUUCUUGUUCUUCAUGGUCAUUCUUCAACCUUUGUCUGUUCUCUAAUCCAUGAUGCUCACUUCCCUCCUCUCUAUGUUAUACCCAGAAUCUCUCCAUUUCUCUUGUGUGCUUCAUUUUCUCUAAAUACUUUGUGAGGCACCAAGUUUCUGAACUGUGUUAAGAGUGGCACCAAGUUUCUGAAUUAUGUUAAGAAUGGCAGGACACAUUACUUGUAUACCUUGGUCCUCAGGAAAGUUGCUGUUCACGAUAUUGUUAGCAAAAGUCGCUCCAUCCUAUUCCUCUUAUAGCACAUAAAAUUAAAUUUAUGUAUGUCAUCAUUUACAUUUUCUAAAUUUGUACAUCUAGGUUAUGUAGCAAUUUAUUUGUACAUAGGUAGGAUUGACUUCUUUUUUUAUACAUCAAUAGCUCCAGUCUGUUCCUUCCACAAACUUACCAUGAGAAGAGUGACUAAAGGUCUCUUGCGAUCUCCCCAUUAUGCAACAUCAGUACAGCCCUUCCUUCCAUGUCUCACUCAUUUUUCAAUCCAAUAAUUAUAUUUGACCAGUGGCACCCUAGCCACUUCACACUCCUAUCUGACUGUCAUACACUUUGGAUGACACUGAGUUACUCCACAUUUUCAUCACAUGCCCAAACAUUACAAUUUGCCCAUUCCACCACUGCAUUGAAUUCCUUUAGCUGUCCUCCAUAUUGAACAAUAUUUUGUUAGCCUAUGUGCUCUUCUUAGGUGGUUUAUCUCUCUUAUACCUAUCUUUAUGGUGACUCAUUCCACACCUGUUUUUGAGGCAUAGGUAAAAAUAACAUUUUCACUCCCCUUUUCAUCCAUGCUCACAAUUCUGUCAGUUCUCUCUCUGUUCAUACUCAGACUCCCAAGAAAACUUCACACCUUGUUAUAUUUGACCUAUAUUUACCCUUUCUUCUCUCAAGAACUACAGUUCAGUGAUAAGUGAUAAAAGUGAGCUUUCCGUGUGAUGAAAGUUUCUUACUUUGUUAGGUUCAACUAUUGAUGAUCAUUAUAGUAUUUUAUUGUACAAUGAUUUUUCUACAAAAAAUAUUGAUCAUGCAGCAGGGACGACAAACCAGAUAUAGAAAUUAUUAUGCUUUCCAUAAGAAUAAUCUAAUACAUAUUGAUAAAAAAAUUCAUAUUUACUACUAAACCCCAUUAGUUACUCAAAAUCUUUUUAAGAAGUUUAGGUCUUUUCUGAUGAGUGGAUUUUCCGCUUGAAUAGCUACAUGAUAAUUUGCAUUACAUGAGCAAAUUUUAAGAUAAAUUGCACAUGCUGAUAAAAAAUUGCCAUAUUUAUUACCACCACAUUACUAACCCAAAACCUUUUUAAGAAGGUUGUCUUUUUUAAUAGUGUACUUUUAGCUUGAAAGUUUAAAUUACAUGAAUAGAUUUAAAAAUAAAUUAGACGGGGGAAACAUUUUUUGGAGGGGGGGCAGUUUAAAACUAUUCUGCCAUAAUACAUUAUUUCUCCAUACCUUCACAUCUCAAGUUACUUGCCGAGCCAUUUCCAAUUACCUUGUAGUCCUG